UCGUCAUACAUGGUUAUAUUCCACUUUUAAGCACAGAGUUGCAUGAAUGAUUUUAACAACCAAUAAAAGAAAUCAACAAAGAAGGAAGCAAAAUAAAAGGGGAGUUAGGUCACUUCAUAUUCUCUACAAUGGCCGUCAGCUCUCAAGGUUACGAGAAAAUGAGAAUUAUUUAUUUAUCCGCAAUUGUAGUGGCCGUGCUAUGCUUGCUGGCAAAAGCGGACAAUGAUUCUGCCCAACAAAAUGACAGUUCAACAAGUGCCACUGCAACAAGUGCUACUCCAACAAAUGCUAAUACAACAACAAUACCAAAGAUAAAUGUGAUGAAGAGUGAUUUAUGCAAGAAAUGUAGCUGUUUGAGUAAUCCAAAUUAUUCGCAAAUCGACUGCAGUAAAGCAAAAAUGAGUCUUCUUUUCAGCGACGAAGAAUGGAAAAUUCUACAAAAUGGCGAUAUUACAUUUGAUGUAAUUAAGUUGGAGCAUAAUAACAUUACGACUCUAUCGGGAUUCCCCAGUUACCCUGUUAAAAGCCUUUAUUUGGGUUUCAAUCAAAUUGAAACAAUUGCCAAAGGCGCUUUUGCUAAUCUCACAGAAUUGGCGAAAUUGGACUUAUCGGAAAAUAAGUUGAAGACAAAAACUUUGGAUCCGGAUGUUUUCAAAGGUCAAUAUUCGGAGCAUGACUACUUGCCCCUCGGCAAAAUGACUGAAUUGGAUUUGGGACAUAAUGAGAUACACAGUUUGGAUGCUGAUUUCUUCGAGCAUUUGCCAAAAUUGGAGUGUUUAAUAUUGUCUGGCAAUACUUUUCAAGUGAUCGAUCAUAAUACGGUUACAGCUAUUUCUGGACUGGUUUCUUUAAAGACGUUGGAUAUGUCAUUUAUGGAGCUGUCAGAAUUACCCGAUUAUCUCUUUCACGGACCACGCGAUUUGGAAACAAUCAUUCUAACAGGCAAUCUCUUCGAUGAAUUACCUGAUGAUUUAGAUUUAGCGCCAAACCUACGUGAAUUGGUACUAGACGAGAACCCAAUUGGCAAUUUAAUUGGCGAAAACGUAUUUCCCAAGCUACCCUAUCUGACUUACCUCAGCAUGUCUUAUAUGCCAGAGCUGCAAGAGAUUGGCGCUGGCGCAUUUUCGGAGCUGGAAAAUUUAACCACUUUAAUCUUGGCGAGCAACCCCAAAUUGGCUAGAAUUGAUACCAAAGCAUUUUCGAAAAAUACGACAAAUCCGGAAAUAUUGAAUUAUCCACCACUGGAGAAGCUACAUAUACACAACAACAAUUUGACUAAUUUGGAUCGCGGUUUAUUGGAGCGUUGGGAUAAAAUCAGUGAAUUGGACUUACGUUAUAACUACUGGACCUGCGACUGCAGUAAUCGUUGGCUGAUUGAAGUGUUAAUGAUUCAGAUAAAUAAUACCACACCUUUGUGGGUAACAGAUGUGAACUGUUAUCUGCCAAGUGCGCUCAGGAGUGUGCCACUACUUCAACUUGCUGCGCCGGAGAAUAAACUGAAUUGCAGUAUCAACGGUACUGGCUCAAGCGCCAGUCUCUUUUUGAUUGGCCUGCUUGUCGGCAUUCUGCUGUGCAUACCAAUUUUACUAGGCUCAAUCGCUAUGUGGCGUCGUGGUUGCUUUGGCCUCAAUCGCGCUAACACCGGUGCUAAUAGGUCCCUAUAUAAUCGCGCAAAUUUCAGUGAUGAAUUGCACAUCUAAUCUGUUGUGUAAAUACUUUUUUUUAAUUUAUGUAUAAUAAAAUUAUUUAAUAUAUUCGUUUUGUAAAUAAAAAAAAAAAAACAAAUAAAAUAUAUACUUACCAAU